UCCUAAGGGCCUGGAAAAAAGAAAAAUAAAGAUGGCGGGCGACGGUGAACGUAUGCAGCAUUUUAAACUUUCCCAAGAGAUUGCUGACCUCAAGGUUAUAAAAUCCGAGUUAGAAACGCUUAGACCAAACAGUCGAGUCUAUGUCAAAAAUGAUGGUGGUAAUAUUUUCUACAAGGCAAACAGAGCUGAGACGUGUGCAAACUAUAAAAAAAUUCUUGCUGAGAAAAUGAAGGAAAAAGAACAUAUUGAGAACCUGCUCAUGGAGAAGCUAUAAUAUUUGAUUGUUGUCUGGACGACUCAGUUCCGCAAGCAAUGGUGAAAGAUGCUUGGGUCCCUAAAUAGGGUAGAGCUAGUAAUUACUGAUAUGACUGGAAAAAGUACAGACAAGCUUAGAAGACCAAGGUGGUCUUUGUAGGCUAUAUGGAAACAUGGAUGUAUGUAUGUGGUAUGCCUCAACAAGCCUACAAUGAGCCCUUCACCAGUUCUCCAACAAAGGGCUCAAAAUGUGAGCAGAAAUACUCGUUUUCCAGAGGGGUUCUACAUAACACUUCUACCCUCUGUUACCCAUGUACUACUAGAAUCAUCGGUAACAACAUCUUAUAAAUCAGAAUUGAGCAUGUUAAUUACAUGUUAUGUAUACAUUGCCCAAAAUGAAUGGUUGUUCUUGCUUCAUGUGGCAAAUUUGUUCUGUAUUCAAAUUCCCUACUUUCUUAUGAUGUGAGGGAUACUUUAUUUAAAUUCAUGCUGAAAAAAUGUUUGCAACAAAGUAAUUUUAGGCAUUGACUUACUGUACAGCAUUAAAACCAUACUGUACAAAAGAUGACUGAUUUGUUGGAUAAUAAGGGAGUCAUAAAGAAAAUUAUAGCUUGAUCUAGUUCUUAGCAUUUGCCAAAAUGUGACAGUUCGCCGGUAAAACGCUGCCAUUUCAAAACAAAAAAAGCUGGUUUAACCGCGCGGUACUGGAACUAGUCUUGUGUUUUUCAGCACUGUCUAGUAGUAGUAGCUUUAUUUUAAGAGGGUAACACUUAAAAGUGUGAAAAGUGUGAUACACUUAUAAACUUGUGGCCCUCCGUAAAAAAAAACAGCAAUCAAAUUAAAAUAAUUAUAAAAAUCAAUA